CUAAGUUCCGUAACACCAACAUAAACGGCGACCUCGACCCGGGAGCGGGCUUAGACUAAGAUUGAAGGCUGUGGCCGUUUCCUAGCGGCGAGGGGUCGCCGAUGGUAGACGCCGGACAACUUUCCGUUUAAAUGUCAUCGCCGAAACGACUCAGGUAGACGCCGGUAGGACAGCAAUCUAACGUAAUACCUAAUAAUCUGUUGGAUUUCUCAUUCCAAGCCUUUUCAACCUUCUUCCUCCAAACCUGAUUGUUUCCAAACUACCUAACCAACACCAUCACCAUUUCCCACAAUUUGACUCUAAAUUAUCAUCUCAACCUUCAAAAUGUGUUUCGGCGCAACGUGCCCAACUUGCUCAAAGAAGGCCUGGCGGGGCUGCGGCUCGCACAUCCCUGCUGCCCUUUCGGGGGUUCCCGAGGAUCAAUGGUGCACUUGCGAGCCGCGGGUCACGGUCGACGGGAAAGCGUAUCCUCCCGCCGCGAAGGUGGCGGUUCCCGGCCUAUCGUGGUUAUCGAACGCUUUCGGAGGCGGAGGUGAUCAGGCUAAGGCCGGUGAGGAGACAAAGGGAAAGGGAGGUGGAAAAGGGGAGCUUUGAAUAACUACCCUAACCUAGUUUAUAUAAUAAUUACGUCCAUAACUGCGACAUCGCUCCUUAUCAGUUCUAGAUAUUUAUCAGA